GGCCUCUGCCGCCACCGUGUAGGCGGGGGUCACACUAGCCAAGCCCUAAGGACGCAGCCCUCCGGUUCGCCAGCUCGGACGUCCUCCUAGACCCGCUUCUCCCUUACGAGUCGUCUGCUGCGAGCUCUGGCAAGCAUUCACUGGCUGCUGCAGGCAUGAAGACUCCCUGUGCACAGGAGGCUGACAGGCAACCAAGCAGGGCAGCUGCAGGACGGGGCACAGGGCCUGCGAACAUGACCAAGAAAAAAGCUUCCCAAAAGAAGCAGAGGGGCAGACCUUUGUCCCAACCCCGCAGGAACAUUGUGGGCUGCAGAAUUUCUCACGGAUGGAAGGAAGGUGAUGAGCCCAUCACCCAGUGGAAAGGAACCGUUCUGGAUCAGGUGCCUAUCAAUCCUUCCCUUUAUCUGGUGAAAUAUGAUGGAAUUGACUGUGUCUAUGGGUUGGAACUUCACAGAGAUGAGAGAGUUUUGUCUCUCAAAAUUCUUUCCGACAGGGUGGCAUCAUCCCAAGUUAGUGAUGCCAACCUUGCCAAUACAAUCAUAGGCAAAGCUGUGGAACAUAUGUUUGAGGGUGAGCAUGGGACUAAGGAUGAGUGGAGGGGGAUGGUCUUGGCCCAAGCCCCUAUCAUGAAAGCUUGGUUUUAUAUCACCUAUGAGAAAGAUCCUGUCCUGUACAUGUACCAGCUUCUAGAUGAUUACAAAGAAGGUGACCUCCGGAUCAUCCCCGAGUCCAGUGAGUGUCCUCCAGCAGACAGGGAGCCAGGAGGAGUUGUAGAUGGGCUGAUAGGGAAACAUGUGGAAUACACCAAAGAAGACGGCUCCAAAAGGAUCGGCAUGGUCAUUCACCAAGUGGAAGCCAAGCCCUCUGUGUAUUUCAUCAAGUUUGAUGAUGAUUUCCACAUCUAUGUCUAUGAUUUGGUGAAAAAGUCCUAACUGUCGGGGCACACUUGACCAUAUUUGUGGAUGCAAACAUAAAAUUUAUACUUUCGAGAAAAAACUUUUUUCAAUGUACUGAGAGUUGAUGGGUCCCUGAUAACCCAGCAUCUUUGCCAGCAUAAUUUUUGUUUUGUUCUAAAAAAACACAAAUUUGUGUG